AUGGAGGAUAAUAAAGAUCAGCAGAUCGAGUUUGUCGAGGGGCAUGGCUCUAUUUUUGCUAAAGACGCCACAUCGUUAGCUCAAGAGCCGUAUCCUUCCCUGCUGGCUGUUCACCGCCGCAUUUCACGCAAGAUCGAUCGGCGCCUGCUCCCGCUGGUGGUUCUGUUGUAUGCUCUUUCUCUGAUUGACCGCACCAACUUGGCCGGCGCCAGAAUUUCGGGCAUUGACGGUGCUCUCGGCCUGAACCUAGGCGAUCGAUAUUCUGUUGUCUUAAGCGUCUUUUACGUCGGCUACGUUUUCUUCGAACUGCCCAGUAACAUUGUGCUCAAGAAGCUUGGUGCUCCGCUAUGGUUGAGUAUCUUAGCUUUACUCUUCGGGGUGAUAACUCUGUCCAUUGGCUUCGCGAAGAACUACGCGACGUUGCUUGCUCUCCGUAUCUUGUUGGGAUGCUUUGAAGCUGGUUUAUUCCCAGGAUGCUUGUAUCUCAUUGCUGCUUGGUAUCCCCGAUACGAAGUCCAGAAACGCAUCGCCAUCUUCUUUUCAGCCUCGACAUUCCUGUCCUCAUUUGCGAACAUCCUCUCAUACGGCCUUACCCAGAUCGCUGGUGAACCAGAGCGCACCGGAUGGCGCUGGAUUUUUAUCGUCCAAGGCGCCAUCACCGCCGCCAUCGCCAUCGCCAGCUUCCUCUUCCUGCCCGAUUUUCCUGAGUCGAAGGGCAACAAAUUCCUUACCACGGACGAAAAAGAGGCACUGAAAUCCAGACUUGUUGCAGAGCGCGGUGAUUCCGAGUCUGGAAAGGUUACUUGGAAGGUCGUGAAGGAUGUUUUUUUUACAUGGCAUACGUGGACUGUCUUCGGCUUCUCCCUAGUCAUGGCAUUCUGCCUCAGCGCACCCCCGGCAGCCUUUUCAAUCUUAUACUCCUUGGCACUAUCGUGGGUAGCCGACAAGGUCCACCAGCGGGGUAGCUUCGCCAUCGCAAACUGCCUUAUUGCGGUAGCCGGUCUCGCCUUGACCGGCUUCUUAGACGCACCUGCUGGCCGGUACGUCGGCACCUUCUUGGGUAUGGGGGGCGCCACAGCUCUAAUCUCCUCGGCUCUGGCUUGGGGUCAGAACAACGUCCGCCUCGACGCCAAGAGGAGCGUCCUCACGGUGACCCAGGUUGUAUGCGCUGCUAUUGGAGGCAUCUACUCCUCGCAGGUCUUCCGACAAGAGAAUGCGCCAGAUUACACUCCUGGUAUCAUAGCAACUGGAGCCCUCCUUCUUUUCGAUGCCUUCCUAGCGGCUUUAUCGAUGUACCUCCUGAGGCGGCUUAAUAAAAAGGCAGAUCGGGGCGAGAUCGUUAUUGAGGAGUCUCCGGAGUUCAGGUACACCUUGUAG